ACGUUCUUAUUAAUUUUGGCCUGUUAUUACAUUGUGUUUUGUAAAGCACUUGGUAAAAUUGUUUUUAAAAAGUGCUACAUACAGUUCAAACGUUUGGAUACACCUUCCCAUUCACUUGAAUGAGAAAGUGUGUUUGACUGGUACUGUUAAGCUUAUUAUUAUGAUCACUAUAAUGAUUUUUUUUUUUUUUAAGAAAGCAUCUUAAACACAAUAUUGAUAUUGAGUGAAUAUUGAUAUAUUACCAAACUUUUAACAAGGAGUGGGCCAGCUGUUAUAAUGGUUUACAUUUUUUACGUGAGAAUCAAAUUAAAUUGAAAUCAGAUGUAAUAUUUUCUCACAGGAAAACAGUAAUAAAAGAUUGUUUGUUCUUGUGUGACAAUCUCUGGGGACAUAGCGAGGGUCACAGCACCAGUUAAGACCAUUAGAGCCAAAAAUAGAGUCUGCCCGUAGCAGCAGCUGACUCUGACUGCAGCUUUAGGUUCCGGUUGGUGCAACGACAGAGAGAAGUGAGGAGGCGGGGAGGGAGGGGUUAAACACUGGAGGAAAAGUUUUCAGAGGCUUCAUAGGACGCAGUUUGUUAGGUCAAACUUCUCCAGACGACUCUGCGCUAAAUGUCGCUCGACUGGAGAAGAAAAUAACGCGGAGAGACUUCAAUUAUGUCUAAAAUUUGGCGGACAAGCCCGCUCGAAGUGUUUGAAACAUAGUCGUAUCUCUGAAGUGAUACUGUAGUGUCUCGUGUGCAGUCACAGUGAACGAUGGCAACUGGAAAUGAGACAGUUGUGUACCUGUCUGAGCAGGUGAUCGUUUUGUGCUCGUGCGCGCUGUCGUUCGUGGGCUCCUCGCUCAUCAUCCUCACCUACAUUUGUUGGUCAGAUCUGAGGACAACUCCGCGGAAACUGCUGGUGUUCCUCUCGAUGUCUGACUGGCUCUCCGCUGUCUCCUACGCUUUCGGAGUCUGGAGAGUUUUUCACACAAAUUCAGUGGACUGCAUCGUUCAAGGAGCGAUUUCCACUUUCGCCAACACCAGCUCUUUCUUCUGGACUGUGGCCAUCGCUGUUUACCUGUACGUCUUCAUAGUGAGGUCCAGCCAGAGAGUCGCUGACAGCUUAGUGUUGUUUUUCCACCUCGUCAGCUGGGGUGUUCCUCUGGCUAUCACUAUUGCAGCCGUGUGCCUCAACAAGAUUGGCUACGAUGCAUCAGAGGUGUCGGUGGGCUGGUGCUGGGUCAGCAUCGAUGCUGAUGACCGUGUCCUGUGGAUGCUCCUGACAGGAAAGAUCUGGGAGUUCCUGGCUUACCUCACCCUCCCCAUCCUCUACAUCCUAAUUAAGAGGCACAUCCACACAGCGCAUGCCGCCCUGUCGGAGUACCGUCCCAUCUUGGCCAACAGGCCUCCAACACACUCCUUCUCCUCCAUGGCUGAUAUAAAGAUGACACUCAUCCCUGUUAUCUUCAUCACUCUGCGCAUUUGGAGCACAGUGCGCUUCAUACUGCUGCUAGUCAACUCUCCAGCCAGACUGAACCCGGUGCUGAUGACUCUACAUGGAAUUGGCAACACGUCGCAGGGAGCUGCCAACUGCAUCAUGUUUGUAUUGUUUACUCAGCCAAUCCGCACACGCCUCUGCACCACGCUCUGCUGCUGCUCCAAGUGUCGAGAAGAGGCGCAGCGCUCACCUGACGCCCCUCAUGGGCUGCUGCCGGGACACGACCCCUCCACCCUGAGAGAGGAAAUCAGCACCCGGACUGAUAGAUGACGAUGCUCGAUUCUGUGGAUAAGAAAACAGAAGUUGACAGGAGGGGAGUGGUGUUUGGCCUCCGCUUCACAUUGAACCUCAUCACAGCAAGUGCCUGCGGAGAGGGUCGGAGAUUCUGCAGGUGGGGGCACAUCUGUGUCACACGCCUGCACUCUGGGUGAUAAGGAUGAUGCUGCCUGAUUGUACACCAGCAUUAAGUGAAGCAUUUUGUGGAUUCCCUGAUAUGCUAUAUAUCAAACUUCAAAUGCCAAAUGACUUUAUACUUUAAAUAUGUCCUCUGGUACACUCCGCUAAUUGCAGAUAAGCAGCUUUAUUUAUCAUGUACUGUGUGCACUCAUUCACAUUCUGAGUUCAUCGCUUUGAAAUGAGUAUUCAGUAUUCAUCUUGUUCCACUAUGCAAGUAUUGUGUUUAUGGGGAAAAAUACCUCCAUGUACAUAUUAGUUCUUUAUGCGUUCUAGAAAGUAAAAAAACCCACUUUGGGUAAUAAAUGUACUGUAAAUCUGUUUGAACUUUUUUUAGUCAUUGUUCUGUUCAGACUCACGAUCUGAAGGAUUGAAAGGUGGUAAAAUGUCUGCUCUUUGUCUCACAUAAAACAGUUGUGGUCACUGUGAGUUGUGAUGUUACAGUGAAACUUGUCAAGCCUCAAACUUCUCCUUCACAAUGAUCUUUAACACUGUACUUGCACUCUGCAGCCCAUCUGCGUGCUCAUUGUUCUGCUAAAAUACCGCUACAUACACCGCUGCUGACAGAGACACAGCACCCCGAGGAGGGUUGUAGCACAACGGUGAAUUUAACCAUGUUUGUUGUUUGAAAUAUACUGAACAUACUAUAUCCAGUAUGAGUUUGGAUGUAUUCAAAACCUUUUGUGUGAAAGAAACUUGUUUACAUGGGACCAUCUAUUUUAAAUAUAGUAAAUAAAAUGACAGUCUUGACACA